GACACGGGGCGAGCCUUUCGACUCAGUUUUAACGCGCGUUUUAUGAAACGACAACUAUGCGUCGAUGUUCGCUCUCCGAUAAUAAUUAUUCAUAUCGGGACCGCUCCUAGCGACCGAAAUAGCGCGUAAACAAUUACAACUUUACAUUUUCGCAUUGUUUGUUAAGUUUAUUUUUUUAUUUAUUUUUUUGCGAGUGUCCCGGCCGGCGCGCCUUGUCUCCGCGAAUCUUAAUAGCGGUUAAUCAUAGUUUAUUUUUACCGCGCAACGUGUGUUAAUAAUUGUGUUGGGGCCGCCUGUUUCUUUUAUUUAGCUAUCGUGUUUGAUUGAAUCGCAAAUUGCGGAAGCGUUUUAGCAAAAAACACUAACGUGGACUGUGAAAACGAGAUCGUUCAACAAUUAUACUUUCAAAUGUGUGUAUGGUAAUACUUUUGACAGUUCUAAAUUUAAACGUCACGUUUUUCGAGUUUUAAAAUUUGAAUUUGCGCUUUGGCGGGAACAGUGGGUGCUAACGAAGUAGGCUGCACAGAAAGUUUGGAAAAGUGUUGUGCACACAUCGGAUGCUGGCAAGUGUUUUUUCAACGCGUUUUCGAGGCUAAGCGCUAGUUGUUUGAACAAGUGUGUUUUCUAAUGGAUUUAUUUUGAGAUUGUAUUCAAAACAAUCGAAGCGGCCGCCUUCAGUCGUCGCAGCGCGAGGUGUGCCGCAGGGUGCGUUCAUAGGCCCUAUAUUAUAAACUGUUGCAAACUUUUGUCUAUGAAAAGGAUCAGAUGAUCGAGUGAUAGUGUUUUAAAUCGGAAAGAUUAGUGAAAUCUGGAUGUGUCUCCAACGGGACGAAGAGGAUGUCGACUACAUAGAUGACUCGAGACCAAUGGUGCAGCUACCUUUACUGGGUCCGGAGCCGGCAUUGAACUCAAACUCUGGUGGCGCCGCAAAGCCACCGCUACUCAACUCAUUCGAGCUGGACCGGUGUCUUGACCGAGAGGAGUCCGGCAGGUGGGGCGGCGAGGCGGCGCGGCGGCGCCGGCGCACCUCGCCCCCGCGCCGCGCCUCACCCCCUCGCGACCAUGAGCCCCUCUCGCUCGCACGGGCAUCAGCUCCUACUUCUCCCACCGGUGGUUCGGCCCACUCCAGCCCGGCCCCAGUCUCCCCCGCCGGCAGUGGGGGGGCAGCCGCCAGCGGGGCCCGCUCUCCCCUCCCGCUGGUCGCGCCAGACCUCCUCGCGAUGCAGCUGUUGGAUCAGCACACCCAGCUGCAGGCUCUGAUGAAGCAGCGCUUGUUCCAUCAGCAUCACAUGCAGAAGCAGCACAUGUCAUCGGAGGCAGCCAAGAGGCAGCUGGAGCAGUCUCGUCUCCAGGACCAAAUAAACUUGAACUUGCUAUCACAGUCCCACCUCCCGCCGCCUGACACUUCACCUGGCUCUCUGCAGCAGCAGUUGGGCGCGCAGCAGCAGCAGUUAGUGCAGCAGCUGCAGGCGGUGCAACGCCAGUACCUGAUGCAUGGCCCGCUUUCUGUGCCGCCUAAUGCCCCACCAGGUCUGAAUCAUUCCCUAGGUCUGAUGCUAUGGGGCGGGGAGGUUGAGGAGCACCCGCUCUUCGGGCGCGGGGUCUGCAAGUGGCCGGGGUGUGAUGCCCUGGCUGAGGACUACCAGGCUUUCCUCAAGCACCUGGAAGCGGCGCACACGCUGGACGACAGAUCAGCGGCGCAGGCACGGGUUCAGAUGCAGGUGGUAGCUCAGUUGGAGCUGCAGCUGCGCCGCGAGCGCGACCGCCUCGCCGCCAUGAUGCGUCAUUUGCACGCUGCACGCGACGCGCACCACGCUACCAAGCACGCGCACGGUAAGGACUAUUUCCACUUCUUAUUCCCAUCGUUGCAACUCCUGUGUAGCCGGGAUCUACAGCUUGAUCGCCUCGCCGCCAUGAUGCGUCAUUUGCACGCUGCACGCGACGCGCACCACGCUACCAAGCACGCGCAUGCCGGGAUCUACAGCCUCGCCGCCAUGAUGCGUCAUUUGCACGCUGCACUGUGCACCACGCUACCAAGCACGCGCAUGAUGCAGGUGGUGGCUCAGUUGGAGCUGCAGCUUAGCCGCGAGCGCGACCGCCUCGCCGCCAUGAUGCGUCAUUUGCACGCCGCACGUGACGCUCACCACGCUACCAAGCAUGCGCAUGGUAAGCACUAUUCUCACUUCUUGUUCCCACCGCUGCAACUCCUGUGUAGCCAGGAUCUACAGCUUGAUCGCCUCGCCGCCAUGAUGCGUCAUUUGCACGCUGCACGUGACGCGCACCACGCCACCAAGCACGCGCAUGGAGCCGCUAGUGAGGGUGCAUCUCCGGGGCCCGUCAGGCGUCGUGUAUCAGACAAAUCUGGUGUUGCCAUUGCUGGAGAAAUCCAACGCAAUCGCGAGUUCUACAAGAGCGCAGACGUUCGGCCACCGUUCACUUACGCGUCUUUGAUUCGACAGGCUAUUAUUGAAUCUCCAGACAAGCAGCUGACGCUGAAUGAGAUCUACAACUGGUUCCAGACUACGUUCUGCUACUUCAGACGCAAUGCUGCGACCUGGAAGAACGCGGUGCGUCACAACCUGUCGCUCCACAAAUGCUUCAUGAGGGUGGAGAACGUGAAGGGAGCCGUGUGGACCGUGGACGAGGUGGAGUUCUACAAACGGCGCCCGCAGCGCGCCGCGCACGCGCCGCCGCCGCCGAUGCACGCGCCCGGGUUCAUGGGAGCCCAAAGCCCACCAAUGAUGACUAGCCCCCACGGCUACAGUGAAGCUCUCAAACGGAAUCUUCAGGGUAUGAUGGAAGACUGCAACCUCUCAUACAUGUCAAACGAUGAUCACAUUAUGCAGACAGAUGACUAUCCGUCUUCUCACGAUGAUUACAACAGACCACCGAUGAUGAACGGCUAUGGCAGCAGCAGUUCGUCCCACGACGUGAAAGCCGAAGACCUGAGCGCCAGCGAGGCACAGGACAUCAAGCCCAACAUAUACGCUCUUAAAAACGAGAUGCAGGCUUCGGAUUAUUCUAAUAAAGGAGACUACGCAAACUCCACCAAGGAGUCCUCAAGCAACAGGUCCGGAGAGACCAGCCCCUACGACGACUACCCUCGCUCCGAGGACCGGUACCGCCCCUCGAUAUCCCACAUCAAGGACGAGGCUGAAAACUUGUCCCUCAACGAGCAAAGAUCUGACAAAUAAACCCUCAAUCACGCGUCGACCUGCAAGUGUUAUUGUGAUCGACAGAAGUGAAGCAAGUGAAUUUGUAACACUAAAGUGAUUUAGUGAUGUAAAUGAUUGUUCUGCUGACAUAAUGACGUUUAUUUGCGUUAGCGUUUAGCGAUAUAACAGUAUGUAAUACAGUUUAUAUUUACGGGUGUAGAUCUAUUUCAAGUUAUUAGCAUUGUGUUAUAGAUUGUAAUGUGUUCACUGUUGAAGUUUUUAUAAAAGUGGACGAUCUCGACGUGAGGAAUUGUAAGUUAGGAUUUACCAAAUAUUUUGUUUGCUUUUAAGUGAGCCCGGUUUUAACGGGAUACUGAAGUAUUAUAGGUUUUAUGUUCUUUUUCUAUUAUUUUUUUAUUCUUAAGUUUGGUAGCUGUGGACUUUUCAAAUACUUUUAGUGGUAGAGCAUAAGUGUUAGAAUUUUUAGAUGAAAACGAAUUAAGCCACACGAUUGGCAGUCAACGAUGAUUAACCUUUAAAGGUCCAUAUCAAUAUUUAAAAAUAUUUAAUCGUCAACUGUAAAUUAAAAAUAGAACAAUAAGUAGUUGUAUUUGGCUAUAAUAUGAAGUUGUAAGUGAAGUCCUAGUGAAAUAUACGCGUAGCGUUCAGUUGUUUUCACUUGUCUGCUUCGAUUUAAAAAUAUUUUUUAAUAAAUCUACUUAUUUUUUAGGGUUUUUUAAAUGGUCUAAGAAUAUUAUGUUAAAAUUAAAUAUUUGCGAUAAGACCGAUUGGAUUCUUUUGGUUUUCAUCAUUUAUUUUGCGAUGGUUUGUGAUUGUUAUUUACAAUGAUCUGAUGUUUUAUUUUUUAAUGCUUGUUAUAAAUUAAAUUGUAUUUUUUGAUGAAUGAAGAGAGCGUGCCAUAUUCCGUGGCUGCGUUUAUUUUGUACUUCUUCUUUGAAUUCCAUGGAAUUGCUUUUUAUUUUGUUAGCGUAAGUUUUAGAAUGUAAAUAUUUAUCAUGAUAAUCAUGAAUUGUAAAUUCUUUAAACGGUAAAAUUAGACGCGUGUACACGUUUACUUAUUAUAACUAUUGCAUAUUAAAUCGUUCAUGUUGUAGAAAAUUUAGAAAAAAAAAUACUUAGUAGUAAAAAUUUUCACUGUACCUACGUAAAGUUUUUCGAAAUUUCUUUUUUACGAAAAUAAACUCUUGCAUUUCUAAACUACUGCAUUUAUGAAGUAAUAAUAAAGAAUAAUACAUAAAAGUUUGGUUGAAUAUUCUGAUAUAAAGUACGAGUAAUUAAAGUUAAAUUAAGAGGGUGAACCUAAUCAUAUCACAAGUAUGUAUGUAUAUCUGUAACACUAGUAUAUGAUCGAUAAAGUAAACGUAUACCUGACUUGCAGUAACAAUAAAUAUGUAAAGUAUAAAAUCACGAUCAUUCACGUCAACAUUUUAAUAUAAAUUGUGCUAACAAAAUUACUUUGGAGAUUCCAUUUAAAUCCUUUUUUUUUUCCAAAAACAAGUAACUAAACUUUUCUUUUAUUAUUAAACUACUCAUUAGCAUGUCAACAACUAUAAAAUUAAAAUUUUCUUCGAUGAUACUAAAGCGAAGUUUAGACUAGCAGUAAAACUUGCAGAAGUUGACUUCCGCAAGCUGUCACCACUGUGGCAAGCCAAUUUCUGCUAGAUUUACACAGUGGUGCAAAAAUUACUUGUCUAAGAGUAAGCGCACACCGUUGAUUUUUCGUCGGCCGAUAGUUUAGUCGGGCAGUUGAUCAGUAUGGGCAUGUAUGGGAGUGCGCACACUACGCCGAUUCGAUUUGGCCGAUUCUUCCUACAAAUUAAAAUCGGGCACAACUAUCGGCCAACUAAAAAUCAACGGUGUGCGCCUACUCUAAACCUCGCUUAAGGUUUUAAAAUCCAUUUGACAAUUAUUUUUUGUGGAAGGUUGACUUGCUAGUGAUAAUAAUAUAGCAAUUUUUUUUUAAAAUGAAUAACAACAAUACUUUUUCUUGCAUACAUUUUUUACCAAAAUAUAUUUUAAGUACAAUAGAAAUUCCGUAUUGCAUUUUAUAAAUUAAGCAAUAAGUACCUAUUUGGGUUUUUUCAGGGAAUUGAUUGUUAUUAUUGGUAUGUUAAUUUAGCUAAAUAGUAUGUGAGGGUUAGAAGUGAUAGUGUUGUGUCUCGAAUACAAAAAACCGGAUAUUUAUCAUUCAUCACUAGUUUUUAUUUUUGAGUUUGUGAAUUUAAAUAUAGAAUGUUUACAAAAUUCAGUUAGGCCCAGAACAGACGCUGAAACGCAACUGCAACGAAACUGCUUUCUGAUGAUUCUUAUGAAUGAAACUGAAACUGAAAGUUUCAAACUGGUCGCGUCAUGUGUGGUCUCUCAACGGACGCUAUGGCAGAAACUUAGAUGCAACUCAAAAGUAACUAGCAGUUGCAGUUUCGUUGCAGUUGCGUUUCACCGUCUGUUAUGGGCCUUAAUUAAACUCAUAGCAGUCUCAUCAACUCUGAAAGGGAUCAAAAUCGUAUCGCCUUUCGCGAACUGUCAUCGUCUUUUGCGCGCUGUCAAUUGCGAGCCGAGGCGCUUACGUUACGGUGCGGAUAAGAUAAGUGUGCGUUGCAGUAUGUAGUUUCAUACAAAGUUAACUGACCGCCUAGAGUUGAUUUACGAUCCCUUUUCCAGGUUGUUAAAUGUGCGACGUCCUUAACAAUUAGUUUUUAUAUUGUUAAAAAUAAGUGAUAAUUUUAAAAACAUUUGCCAUAAAAGAAGCGCCAAAAAUAUGCGGACGAUUUUUAAAAACAAAAUUAAUUUGCUUAAUUUUUUUUUAGCAAAUAAGUUCAAAUUCGAGAUACAACGCUGUGGUGGGUUGAUAGGUGACGCAAUACAUUUAUUGAUCAUUGUAAAUUAUACUUAAUUAGUGUUGUAUUAAACCAAAUCAUUACAAUUAA